GGGUGUUUCCAUGGCAACGCGACCAGGAAGUUGGACCCCGGGGGAAGAGCGGAAAGGACGGGUUCGGUUUUUUUAAGCAAAUAAAACUAUCUUCUCGUCCACAUGACUCCGUCAACGUUUAGGAAUUUAUUUUUUAAAAGCUCACUGUAACAUCUCCGCCGCGAGCCCGGGAUGUCUGCGUCCAUGAGAGCCAACUCAGCGCCGAGUUCAUCGAGGCCGGAGCUGGACGCCAGAGUUGUGGAACUGGGUGUCCAAGUCCCAGCAGAGAGCAGGAAGAGACAGCCUCCUAUUGUCAACAACCACAUCCUCCCAGAUGAACUGCUGGUCAGCCUUACAUCCACUGUCAGCAGCAGGAGCACGCUGGGGCACACUGCACACCAUCGGCACUGCAAGGGCUGUGGAAUCAGACGGCCGGAUGCAGUCUGGCAUCACCAGCUCGGACGCAAGAAAUACAAAUUCUUUCUGGAGCAGCCAACGUCCCUGACUGGAGCAGGCAGGGAUAUUUCGUUCCUGUGUGAUGCUAUGGUAACCCAGAGGAAGACAACCCCCCUCCCACCACUGACUGACAGAAGUGGCAUUGGAGACACACAGAACUUGAAUGUCUCAGAAAGUCUGAUCCCAGAAGAAUAUCACAUUGUGAAAAACAAAGGGCUGCGGAGCCUUGAGUUCUUCGAGGAUGCGUUCACAGUGCAGCUGCAGGAUGAUGAGCAGAAGCUACGGGUCUUCCCUUCAUUGAGGCCCAGUGGCAGACUGGAAGUGAUCCAGCUGAUGAGGAUGAUGGAUGACAUGCUGGAGAAGGCCGGAGUGGAUCAGCAGAUGGAGGAGCUGACAGAGCUCUCCCAGAUGGAGGGUCUGCUGGAGCUGGUGCACGUUGAGCAGAGCAUCUACAACAUUGUUUUCCAUGAACUGAUUCGGCAGGUCAGCGUGGGCUGUGCUGAGAGAGGACAGCUGCUCGCCAAACUCAGACAGCGCUACCAGUCCCUGCUCGAGCGAAUCCCCAGUCAACUGAAGGCUCUGCACACUGAGACAGUGGCCCAGCGAGCUCUGGACCGUCGGCUUAUGGAGGAGAUCCACCGCAUCAAGACAUCCAUCCAGAGGCUCAACACGGAGCUGUCCAGAAUGAGAGACCAUGAUGCCUCUGUUUCCCAGCUGGCGGAGCGCGCUCACCGGCAGCUGGCUGGGGCACUCGAGCAGACUCACACCAACUCAGAUGUGGUGCAGCGUUACCACGAACUGUAUGAGCUGCAGAGGGGUCGCCUUGAGGCUCAGCUGGUCCAGAUGACUGAGGAGAGAGACUCCUGGAGCCAGCUCACCUUCUGCCUCGCCCUCAAGGUGAUCAGUUUGAAGAAGCUGCAGCUGAUCCAUCGGCUUCAUAUCAUCGAGCAGAGCUGGUUCAAGUCAGCUGAGCAAUGCAGACUUUACCUCAGUUUGAAGGACACAGAUGACCUGACUAUCCUCAUGGAGUUUACUGACCACUGGAAAGAGCAGCUGACUGCGUUCAUGUCCCAGCUAAAGAACACUAAUCAUGCUCAGUGUGAACAGAUCAGUGCAAUCCAGCAAGGCAUCGCCCAGUGGCUCGCCUUCUACACCACAAUGAACAACUGUCCUCAACCAAAAUAUGAGAACGCUUCUUUGGAAAAGUGUCAUGCUGAUAUGAAGGACUGGUCAAAUACAUUGGCCCUCCAGUGUGACAGCUAUCAAGGUGAGACGUUGCUUUGCUGCCAGCAGACACUCGGCGAGCUUGGCCAUGACCAGGAAAGAUGGCUGAAUAUAAGCCUUGGACUGUUCAGAAGACACGCUUCUCCGGAUGGUGAACCCCGUGGAGGCCAACAGGCCCUAAGAGAGCUGGACAAGGUCCUAUCUGAGCUCCUGAAACAGCUGGACACCCAAGUCAGUGGAGAAAGUGGGAUCCACGGACAGAUCAUGUCGCUGCUCGGGUUGAUGGAGUCCGAGGUUUCCAAGCUUGGUGCAGUGAUUGAUCGACCAGAAAUGCUCUCUGUUUCUGACUGGCUGAAGCUGGAGAAGGCUCUGCGAACAUGGAAGAGUUUGGCUGAAAAAGUCUUUGAGAAUGUCUCUAGCAUGCAGGCAGAGAACAAAAAGGACGAAAAUAAGCCAGACAUAUUCACAGAGACAGAAGAGGCGUUAGACAAAGUGCAGGAGUUCAUAACCAGCAUGUCCAACUUCACUGAUGGUGAGAACCAGAGACUCAGUGAGGAGGUCAGUUCUCUUCACAUGGGACAGACCCGUUGGAUGUUGGAUCUGUUGCUCGUCAUGGUACCUGAGCAUAGUGAAGACCACGACCAGCAACAGGAACACUGCUACGUCACAAACAUCUCACCACAGACCCUGGAUAAGGAUGCCAAGAUGCUAACUGAGAAACUGAACUUGUUUUCCAUAUACAUCACCAGCUCUUGCAAACGGAUUCUGGAAGAGCAGAUUCUGCAGAACCCACAUGAAGCCGAGAGUGAAGAUGAGAUGAAUGAGUGCAGAAAGCUGCAGAAGGAGUGCACUGAUUGGGUGGAGACCAGUAUAAUCCUGCUCUCAGGAGUGACAGGUGGUCCUGUAGAGCUGCCUGUCCAACAGGCUGACCCCGCCUCCAGUGUAGACGUCCCGGUCUCUCCAGCAGACAGCAUGGAGAGUCUGGUGAACAAAGACGUUUCAGCAGAGCCUAAAGCAGACGGUGAAUUCAAAGAUGAGACUGAGGCUGAACCAGGAGAGGACACCGCUGAAGGACAUGAUACACAACAAGAGGUUUAUCAGCAGGGGGAGCUAACGGUGUUUGAGACCACAGUGGUGAAGCUGAUCAGCUAUGAUGGAAACAUUACACAAAGAAAGCUGGGAGAGAGCCGUGUCCACCUGAAUGGGACUGAGGAGCUGGUUGUGUCUCCAGCAACAGAUGAAGACCAGAAAGCUUUUAGUGAUCUGACCACAAUAGGUUUACUGCAACAGGAACUGCAUGAUUCAGAGCUGCGUGUCCAGAGUACGGAGCAGCGAUCCCUUAAGGCCGAAGAUGCCCUGCAAUCAGCGUUGGAGACGAUUCGGGACCUGGAGAGACAACUGCAGGGUCGGCCCAGUCUGAAGCCCAAAAGUAAUGAAGAGAGAAAGAAAACACCACCACUCUCCCCACUACCUGUAACAACUCCUCCAAAGAAAACUGCAGCUGAAGCCAAACCAACUAGCAGCACCAAAAAGACCAAGAAACGGUGAUCUGACAUGUGAUCAGGAAGUGUCACAACUUUAUAUGUAUAUGGAACUCUCCAUUAAAUAUUGGGUGAACUAUUUUUUAUAUACAUUUGAGUGUUUUAUGUAUCAUGUGUGUUCUGUGUUGUAACAAGGCUUAUUGCCUGCAGUCCAUCACAUAAAUAAAACCAGUAAAGGAAAACCAUCUAAGGUUAUAUGACUUCUGCUACAUACUACCAACACAUGUACUGUUUCAGACGUUUAGAAAUGAGUGUAACACAUAGGAAGUAAAAAACAAUACAGAAAGAUAUUGGGAUAGGGAUGUUGUCCAAUAUCCAAUCUGCUAAUCUGUUGUCUGAGAAUAUAACGAUGUCAUCAUUUAUAUAAUGGCUUGAUGUGGUUUUGUUUAACCAUGUGAUAUGUCUGACUCCAAGUAAAGGCAAAUUAGUUGUUGUUUCCUUCCAAAAAAAUAAAGUUCCAUCACAAAUUAC